AUGGCUAUAAACGAACAAAUACAAGAGCCCACCGCGGUGGCCGACUUCCUUGAUAAUGCGUUUCUCACAUACUUCAUCCCCGAAGCAACAAACCUCGAUCUCGAAGAAGCAUUUAAGGGUGUCGAUGACACCAAGGCCCUAUUUGACUCCAUCAAACGGAGGGAUACACUCUACUUUGAUGAAUCUGUCGACGUGCUUUUGGUUCUGAGGGUGCCCCUCAUGGACGAAAAGACGUUGCGCUCCCACUUCAGCCGGCUGGUAAUUCAACUGGAGACCCAGAUCGUCAACAGCCAUGCCUCGGACCGCGAGAAGCCCUCGGCGGACAUCAUCUUCCAGGGCACCGUUGAGGACACAUCGGACCCCUUCAUCGUCGUGGACGAGCCCGAGGUCGAUGACGAUGACGACUCCUCCGUCGAAAAGGACGAGAACGGUGUCAAGCCCAACGACCGCAAGAGAGAGCCCCACAUCUACGCCGUCUGGAAGCUCCCUGUCUUCCUCGCCCGGCCACGCAUCCGCCUUCAAGGCCCCUUUGCCAUAUUCACGGCCUCCGCCGGGCUCAGGCCCGCGUCCGUCGGGGCCUCGGGCUCAGCCACUCCUCUCUCCCCAAACUUUCGCCUCGGCGGCGGCGGCGCAGGCUACCUCCAAUCCGGCGUCCCCUCGGGCUUGAACCUCCUCGAGCCCUUCACAAACGACCCGGCGCUCGGCGGCGUCGUCCCGCGCCUCUCGGCCCUCCGCGUCUCCCGCGUCGCCCCUAUGACCCAAUCAAAGGACAGCUCCCGGCCUCUCCGCGCCCUCUCCCAGCUCCGCACCCGCAUCUUCCCCGCCGUACAUACCCGCGUCCGCUUCUCACGCCCAAACACCAUGCCCACAAGCCCAGCACUCGUCGCCCUGCUCGAGAUCGACUUCACCCCCUACUUCGACUGCCCCAUCGACCUGACCAGCAUCACCCUCUCCGUCGCCGACGGCGGCGUCGUCGAUGACCUUAGCGGGCCCGCGGGUCUCACCCUCCCCAUGACCUGCGUCCCGCACGACCACGUCACGUUCCUCUACCGCCUCUCCCCGCAGCAGCUUGAUCUUCCUUCCAAGAAUCCCAACCGCGACCUCGACAUCCACAUCGAGGCUGUCAUCCAGAGGAACCCCGGCAUCUGCACUCCGCGCCUCAGCAUGACCUGGACCACCACCCUCGACUUUACCCUCCCCGUAAACCCAGGCUUCAACGCCGCCAUGCAACCGAUGCAGCCCAUCCAGCGGUCCCACCGUCCUUCACAGCUCUCCAUCAGCGGCAUGGAGGCGGCUCAGUCGCUCGUCGCACCCGCCGUCUCCCGCCCGGACUCUCUCCCCGCUCUCGAGGCCGCCACCCGCACUGUUGAAGCCCCGCUGCCAGAGCUUGGCAUCACCAUGACCUUUUGCGGACCGACAGAGCCCGUCUACGCCGGCGAGAUCUUCUCCUGGACCGUCUACGUCGUGAACCGCAGCACGGGAAAGGCCAACAACUCGAGCGUCCCGCCGCGCAAGCUCGCCCUCGUGGCGCUCUCGAAGCGCAGGCGCAAUGAGGUCCGCCUUAUGCGCCCGCCCUCGACGAGCGGCAAGGGCAAAACGGCCGCCGAUGCCAAAGACCUCGCCGACGCCGUGCUGGACGAGAACGUUCUGCACGCCAUGCAGCGCAACUCGGUCGUGGACACAACCGAGGUCGUCUGUUUGACAGCUGACACGAGGGUCGGUCCGCUCGCGCCUGGGGCUUGCCACGUUGUAGACCUUCAGUUCCUACCCCUGAAGGAGGGCCUCGUCAAUAUCGAGGCGGUAAGAGUAAUCGACCUGGGCUCGCAGGAGCACGUAGACGUUAGGGACCUGCCCAUCAUGUUUGUAGAAAAGAGGCCAGAGGAGCAAAAGACGGAUUAA